GUUUAAUUGUGGCCCCCGAGCACUCCCGUGAAUGUGCUUCAGCAGCAAAACUACGCCAUUUUCCCCGUGACUCACUAUCAUAAACACACACCUGUGGUGCACUAACUUCAAUCUCUCCCAUUUGGGCACCUUUCUCAGGGGCCCCCGUGGCAAAUUUCUCAAAAUUUUCUCUCUCCCAGAAAUAAUCCUCUGUGCCUUUUUUUAUUCCCGCCAACUGAUUUUCCUGAAUAAUUCAACGACGGUGAGGAAUUGCAAAUGAGACAAUCUACAAUUGAAAUAGAAUCGCCUCUGUGUCAAAGGCAAUUAAAGCCGUCGCAGUCCAGGAAGAUCCGUCACAAUGCGCAAAACUGAUUAUAUCGAUUCCGUCAACAGCUUAAAUAUGAAGCGACGCACUUUAGCGGGCAACUGCGGUGUAGGUGUUUUUGUGAUCGCUCUUGUGGCAGUUGUAAUUGCAUUCUCAACGCCAAGUUGGAUUGUCAGUGACUACAGAAUCACUGGAGCCAAGCUCGAUCGUUUGGGACUCUGGGUGCAUUGUUUUAGAUCCCUUCCGGACGUCAAUGAUGACUACCAGAGGAGAUUCUUUGUGGGCUGUCGAUGGGUUUAUGAUCCCUUCACCACUGGCUACGAUGAAAUUCGCGGAUUUCUUUUGCCAGCUUUCAUGAUUAUCACACAAUUUUUCUUCACACUCUGUAUGAUUGGAGUUCUUGUGGGACUUGUUCUCGUUCUUCUGUUCUUCUUGUGCGCCGGACCAGAUCAAAGACGUUUCGUUCUCUUGAUAAAGAUUAUCAGUUGGUUGCUCCUGGGAACGGGUAUUUGUGGUUGUAUUGCUGUUAUCACAUUUGCCUGCUUUGCUAAUCGAGAUAAGUGGAUGCCAGAGCAUUCAAAUAACUUCUUUGGAUGGUCAUUUGGUUUAGCUGUGGCUGGAGCAGUUACCACUCUUAUUGCUUCUUCAUUAUUUUUCACAGAAGCCACAGUUCAGGCAAAAAAGCGAAAACAGCUCAAAGAAUCUCAAGCUAGAUUCGAAAUGGAGCACGAGACAAAAGCGUAAUUUAUGCUAAGUAGGACAUAGGUGACCAAUGAUUUUUUUUCCUGGGAAAAAAUUAAAAAAAAAAAACCUCAAGAAUCUCACAGCGAAACGACGAAUUACCAAGGAGUUCGAUGAAUCUGUGCCACAAACACAUUAAUUCAUUCAACAUAAUUCAUCACAAAGUAUUUUUUUCUAUUAAUUCUGGAGGGGAAUUGUAAGGCCAUUAUAAUCUUGCAGUUCAUCCACAUUCCUAUGCACAAUUUAUCUCAAAUUGAUUUUUUUUAUUCUCUCGAUUUUAAUGUAAUAAAUUGCAAUCUCUCUUAUUAGACAACCACAUUUGAACGUGACGCUUCCAAAUCUUUUAAAUGUUUGUAUUUUGCGAAAACGACUCCGUCCAUUCUACAAAAGUACUUUUUUUUAGUAAGGUAUAAUCUACUUUUUUAUAAGGAAUAGUUCUAUUUUAUACAUUAGAUGAGAAUAAUAGUGUAAAUAAUAUUGUAAGAAAAGACCACUGAGGUAGAAAUAAAAUAGGUAUAAUUGUUCCCAAAUGUUUUUGGGUCUAAGAAGCUGCCUUAUGUAAGAUGUAAGACAAUUUGAAUUUUUAUAUAAAAAAGAAAUUUUUGUAAGGAAAGCGACAAAUCAAUAAAGACAUUUACAGAUACGCUAUUUCGAAAAAA